GUCUUGCCGCUGCCGCUGCUGCCGUUGCAGUCGCUGAGAUGUGGGGAAGAUUUGAGACAGAAGAAGUGCUGUCGAGAAUCAGUUGGAACGGAUGGAUCUUGCACCAACCCUUCUGAGCUGCUCGUCGAUCGAGCUCCGUGCCAGAAUGAUGACUUGGUGCAGCAAAUCCCUCUUGGAUUGAAAGAGACUGGAAACGAGCUGCUUCUGACCCCAUUGGAAACGCUGGGUUCAGGCCACAUCGUGCCCAUGCUGCCGGCGCUGCCCACGCCCACACGGAACGCGCGGAACGGGGCGAAAUCUGGCGCACCCAGUGAGGGGUUGGUGAAGGUGUUGAAUGGAAAAUGGUUUCUACAAAGCAAUGAGAGACCCAUUUGCGACAUUUGGAAUUUGGAGAUCUACUUUGAUCCCGAAACCAGCUUGAAGGAUACUCUGCACUACCUCCGAAUCGAGGAGGGCUCGGCGGUGUCUUUGCGCAUGAACGGGCAGCUUCUUUCGGGCGAGGUUUCUGUGGAUGCGCAGCCCAGAAUUCGCUGGAAACACGGUGAGACGUGGAUCAAGAAGUGCACGCCGGUGCCGGCAGCGCUGAAAGCCACGGUGGAGGACCUUGUUGGCUCAGGCUCUGUUCUGGUGGCCACCUUUGGUCUUGAAUGCUUGGACGGAGAGUUGGCAGAUCGAUGUCAUGAGCUGGGUGGUGGUGCGGGCGCCAACAUCCCUGAAGCUGAGAUCGCCGAAGCUCUGCAACGGAGGAAAUUUCCCUCCGAUGUGAUUUUGGACGCCCGGAUGUUUCCAGACCCUGAUGCAGCUCUCCUGACCAGGCAUUCAGGGCGACAUCACCUCAUUAUCACUCGGCUUUGCCAGCACAGGAAUUUCGGAUGGUGGCUGCAACAUGCCAAGGCGCAAUUCCGAAAGGCCCUUCAUCGACAGGAGAAACGAGGCAUCGGCCCAAUGGGACCCAAGAUUUCCGUGGCCGUGUAUUGCCGCCGCGGCAAGCACCGGAGUGUGGCGGCAGCUUGCAUCCUCAAGCACAUUUUCCUCACGGAAGGUUUCCGUUGUCCUGAAAUCUCGCACCUUUCCUAUGCCCACUGGAGGAACUGCUGCAAAAUGCAAUGCGCCGAAUGCCUGCAACCGCCGGAGGAGUUGCAGGUGCAGCUGCAUCAUGCCUACAAGCACUGGAGCGAGCUCCCCUGAACCGCGGAGGCUGCGUGCAUCGCGGUGUGCGAAACUCGGAGUCCCAAGUUGGGAAAGAACUGGAGAUGCUACGUUAGACAUGUG